AUGUAUAGACAAAUACCUUUAUCUGUUGCGUUCAGUAGUGAAAACCCUGACGUCAAAAUAAAGGGGAACAGAGUAACGUUUAAGUUUCCAACAGACUGGAUUGUGAACAUAAAUGAAGAGAAGUACAUUGGCAUAACAUCUAUGUAUAUAACACGUGCUUUCAGAAAGGUUGACUUUAUACUUCAAGUCGAGAUAGAAAAUGACGAACAGUCUUUAAGCGCCCAAAACAUUCACAUAUACAAAUACUUUAAAGACGAUACAACAUUGCAACAAUGUAUGAUUUCAUUUAAUGAGAUGUUCGAGAAAAAGUUCAACAUUGAAGUACAAACUUUACAGCCUUUACGUGAGUUUCUUGCACAACUGAAAGAAGAAGGUAGU